CAAGCUUCUCAAGGUCUUGUCCUUACCCCUAUCCUUUCACUGCUUUUUUCAGUCUUGCUUGAUGGCAUCAUGCUCAUUUUCUUCAUACUGAUUUAAAAUGAUUCUUCGGAGCAAUCUGGUUUGAUCUACCUCCUGUUUGCUCCUUUUUUAGUUAGCCACAGUUUUAGAAUUCUUCAUCCUGGCCCCAACCACAGGUAUCAUAUCUUUACUCUGUGUAUCAUAUCUGUCGAAUAAUUGUCUGUUUUCUCCGAUGUGAACUAUACGUAUAAUCGGGUAAUUACCAUUCAUAUGGGUCAUUGUAUGAAACGCGGAACGCGAUGAAUAGAGCCAAUGAAAUGUCGGGUAGGAACCAGCAGAUAGGGAGGGCUUCCUCAUAAUCUAGAAUCAACUUAAAACUUCAGAUUAGCAAAAGUCAGUAACACAACAUCCAUUUAACCAAUGUAUUAACUUAUAUACCCCAACUCGCUUAUCAUUUAAUUACUAAAUAACUGCCCUGUCAUCCGAAAACCGGACCGGACCGGACCGGCGUGGGUGCAUUAAUGUCACUGUCUCACAACACAGUCGGAUUCACCAACUUCCUCGCUUCGACUUCGUUUUCUUCUUCACUCCCACUCCACAAAACCUAACACGCAGAUCGUAACCCUCCGAAUCCCGACAGCGAAAUGUCGAAAUCCGUCUCUCUCGCUUGCUUUGCACUACUUCUCCUCCAUACCCACUUCUCCGAUUCCGUCGCCGUCACGAUUUCUCCGGUGAGCAGACGCGGCGAGAUCGAGGCGAUGCUGAGCCGGAAAGGGGCCGGGGAAGAGGAUGAAGAGAUGAUGGUGCUGCCGUCGGAGAUAAGCCGGAGAGUGAUGGCGAUGCAGAGGCGGUACAUAAGCUACGGAACCCUGAGGAGGGACAUGGUCCCAUGUCAGAAACCAGGUGCCUCGUACUACGAAUGUCGCUCAGGGCAAGCCAAUUCUUACAGCAAAGGCUGCGAGAUCAUUACCAGGUGUGCUAGAGACACCAGCGACACCAGAUCCUGAAGAAAAUUUCUCCCUCUCUCUCUCUUUACCCCCUUUUUUUAGGGUGAUUUGAUGGAUAUCUCUCCGAGUUCAGGAUCCAGAAGUAAAAAAGGGCAAGUAAAUUCUGCAUUUUGUUGUAUGAUUAAGGUUUUCUGAUCUAUAUAUAUAUAUAUAUAGAUAUGUGUGUGUGUGUGUGAUCUAUAAUGGUUGGUUCUAUGUAGCUUGGAACCAUUUGGGUUUCAGUGCCAAAAUGAUAGAGAGAUCUUUAUCUACAGUACCUUUCUGAUUGAUGGAUAAUUGUGGAAAUUGUUGGGUUUAGGGUUCUUUGUCAAACCCAAAUUAGAAGUUUUUUCAUUUC